GGUUCCCCUAUUUCUAUCCGAUACAACGUAAUAUAAGCAGGAAGUUUUGUUGUAAAGUCUAGUCUAGUGUUCUUAAUUUUGUGAUAGCUGGAAGUUAUCAGAUGAGUAUUAAUUUCAGCUCUCAAAUAUUUGUGAAUUAACCGAGUAAUCAGGUUUAAAAUUCAUUGUCUAUAACUUCAGACCUGAAUACGCGGAGAAAAUGGAGGAUGACUUCAAGGACCUCAAAAUUGAGGACAAUUAUGAUGUCAACAUCCUACUUCUUGGUGAAACUGGAGUUGGAAAAUCCACAUUCAUCAACUCCAUUGCCAACUACCUUCACCAUCAGGACUUGAAGAAAGCUUUGCAGGAAGAUUUAUUUUAUUUGAUACCUUGCAUGUUCAAUGUUACUGAUGAGAAUUACAGACCGAAGAAAGUAAUUGUUGGUUCUGAUGAUAAUGAAUACCAGUUGGUCGGAGAUUCCGCCACUCAAGACGUGAGAACCUACGUCUUUCCAAUCGGAGCGGGCAAGACCAGGUUGAGACUGAUCGACUCCCCAGGAAUGGGAGACCCAAGGGGCGUCGAACAGGACGACCAAAAUUGCGAAAACAUCCUCAACUACAUCGGCCAGUUGCACCACCUCCACGCCAUCUGCCUACUUUUCAAGCCUAACGACGCACGCAUCACCAUAACCUUCGAGUAUUGCGUCAAGCAGAUCCUGUCGAGACUGGACAAAUCGGCCGCGAAGAACAUCAUCUUCGUGUUCACCAAUUCCAGAGCCACCAACUACAAGCCGGGGGAGACUAUUGCCUGUCUCAAGAAGGUGGUGGAAGACAUCAGGAAGCAGCCGCCCCACGUGGAAAUCAAGGUGGACGACAACGUUUUCUGUUUUGACAACGAGGCGUUCAGGUUCUUGGCCGCUACGAAGAAGGGGAUCGAGUUCGGGGACGCUACCAAGCAGGAGUAUUUCAAGAGUUGGAAAAACUCGUCUCAGGAAGCUUGGAAACUAAUCAAGUACAUCGUGGGAGACGUAGGAAGAGAUCCCCUAGUACCGCAUAUGGUAAAAUCCUCCAAAUGCGUGAACGAAGCAAGGAGAAUAAUCAACCAACUGGCGCAACCGUUGGCCGACAUCUCUCAGCUGAUCCUCGACAACUUGCAGAUUCUGGAUCGCAGACGGAAGGAACUCCAGGAGGAUAACCUGAGUUUGGAGAAGUUGAAGGAGAAACUCUACGUCCCCGUUAUCAAUCUGCAAGUGAUCAAGUUGACCCAACCGGCCACCGUGUGCUGCGACAGCAAAUGCGCCGAAUUCGUUCACAUCGACGGUCGUAAGAGUUGGAAUUACGUACAGAGGUGCCACGAUCCUUGCUAUCUGAGGAACGUUCCACAAGAGAUCAUCGGCGCUCCGCAACUGGAGUAUUGCGCUUCGAUGGACCGGGCGACACUGACUUGUAAAAAAUGUCGGUGCUCGCAGACCGUCCAUAUGCAUAUCUACUACAUGACCAAAAAGUUCGACGAUAAGAAGAUCGACCCUAACGUCCAAUCUCAAAUAACAUCACAUGAGAAAGGUUUGGCCGAGGCCGAGAGGUUAGUGAGUAAAAUCAUGAAGAGGAAGUCGGAGUUGGAAGACGAAAAAAACGUCAUCAUCGAUUGCGCCGCAAAAUUCGCCGGAUUCUUGAGAAGGAGCGCGAUCACGCCGUUUAACGAUGCUUACAGGAAGUACAUCAACUAUAUGAUUCAACGGGAGCAAAGUUUAGGAAGGGACGCCGAUAUUCAAACAAUUCACCAUUUCGAAAAUCUCCUCAUCAAAUACGACCAAAUAAAAUUGACCUUCGAGAAAGUUUCUGAUAUGUCGGAUAGCAGCGGUGAGGGAGGAAUGGAGCCGACAGAAGUACAGGCACUGUUGAACAAGCUCUAUUCCUUGAAACACAAUGGAAAAAAAAUCAAAGAACUAUAUUCGACUCAAAAAACGGCGCGUAAAAAGGAAUAUCAGGACACUGAAUACGUACAUUCUUCGCCUGUGAAACCAGAACAAACUAAGGAAAAACUCAAGACACAGAGUGACGUCGAAGGGAAAACUAAAAAGGACAGACAGGACAAAAUGACCAAAAAUUAUCAUCAGCACGGCGUUCAUAAAAAUAAAACGCCACAAAAGAAUCUGAAUAAGAACAUAUUCCAAAAUGCGAAAAAGAAGGACAUAACGACCAGCAUCGUAACCGACGCCAAGGGAACGAAAAAGCAAAUCAAGAUCGAGAUCAAUGAAACUUCGGAUCAACCGAAAUGGAGAAACACGAAUAUGAAUCGGCAGGGUAAUACGAAACUUUUCGUGAUGAACAAUCGAAAGAGUGCGGAGAAGAAUCAGCCACCUCCGCCGUAUUGUAACCAACCCUUCAAUCAACAAAAGCCGAAUCCACCCGGUCCACGCGGCAACCAACCAAAUCGUGGCUACAAUUCCGACGAUAACCAUGCAUUCAGAGCUAAUCGUCCUCCCUACAACCACGCGUCGUCCUAUGAUGGUCGUCCACCCUACGAAAACCAACCUCCUAAUCGACGCCCCUACGAAAAUGUACCUCCAAGCGAUUAUCGUCCACCUGGCGAUUAUCGUCCGCCCGGCGAUUACCGUCCGCCCGGUGAUUAUCGUCCGCCCGGUGAUUAUCGUCCGCCCGGUGAUUAUCGUCCGCCCGGCGAUUAUCGUCCGCCCGGCGAUUAUCGUCCGCCCGGCGAUUAUCGUCCGCCCGGCGAUUAUCGUCCGCCCGGCGAUUAUCGUCCACCUGGCGACUAUCGUCCACCUGGCGAUUAUCGUCCACCUGGCGACUAUCGUUCGCCCGGCGACUAUCGUCCACCCGGCGAUUAUCGUCCGCCUUACGAUGAUCGACCACCGAGUGACUACCGUUCUUACGAUAGACCUCCCCCCUUCGAUGGACGUCCGCCCUACGAUGGACAUCCGCCCUACGAUGGACGUCCGCCCUACGAUUCUCGUCCUCCGUACGAUAACAGGCCGGCUCACGAUAACAGGCCGGCUCACGAUAACAGGCCGGCUUACGAUAAUCGUCCACCUUACGAUAGUCGACCGCCGCAAGGCGAAUCGCCCUACUUCAGACCGUACUAUGAAAAUAGACCUCAGGAUUCUUCUUCGCAGGCCAAGAAUCGCCAAAGUUCUCAGCAGAAUCCGCCACCGCCUCCUUACGAUCGUGUCGGCGGUAAUGCUCAGAGAAGGCGCAGGCGUAGGAACGAUGGAAGCGGUAAUGACAGCUUCAAGAGUUGCGAUGAUUCCGAUUGAAGUUUUGGUUUGACAUUUUUCACGUAGAAAUAGGUAUUACUUUUUUGAUUAUUUGUAUCGAGGAUUUUGGUUGAUGUGAAAGCUUUUAUGUCUUAUAUAUGUUACUAUUAUUACAAGAACAAUUUAUUCUUACCAUGUUAUUUUUAUAUUAUUUUAUAAGACGUUGGUUAAUGUGGUUCUAGCCAAAUAUUUUGUAUGUUAUAUGAGCUAAUAAACAUUUUUGAAAAUAAAA